CAAACAAGUAGAGCAACCAAGUUCUUUCCGAGAAACUUCGCAAAAGUGUUUGGCUGGUUUGUUAUUUGUAUCUUGAGAAGCACAAAAGCAAAAAGAGUUUCACAAGCUAGGUUCGGGUUGCUAAUCAAUAUUCUGUGAUCGAGAAAUGAAAAGCGAAAACCGAGCAGAUGAUGGACUUACAGGGAAAUCGACAAGUCGAGACGGCGGCUAUGGCUGGAUAGUCUGCUGUGGGACUUUCAUCGUAAAUUUUGUGGUAUUCGGAAUUCACAACUCAUUUGGUGUUGUGUACGUUAACCUGCUCGAUGAGUUAAAACUUGGUGCGAUGCAAACAGCUUGGAUUGGUGCCAUGGCCAUUGGUUUAAACUUCUUUUUUGGUCCUAUAUCAAGUGCAUUGUGUGAUCGUUUUGGAUGCCGCGUUGUGACCUUCGCUGGUGCGUUACUAUCCGUCUCAGGGUUGUUCCUAACUUCCUUCGUACAGGAAGUUCAUAUGAUGUAUGUUACCUACGGGCUUGUAUGGGGACUAGGUUCUAGUUUCUCCUUUACGUCGUCCAUCGUUGUCCUGAAUGAAUACUUUGAUGAAAGAUUUGCGCUUGCCAAUGGGAUUGCAACAUCCGGAAGUGGAGUGGGCUCUCUUGUUGCCGGGCCGGUCAUAAAUUACCUACUGACAUCAGUCGGAUGGAAACACUCCAUGCACAUUUUGAGCGGGUUUGCUGGACUGUUAUGUAUUGCAGCUAUGAUCUUUAAACCAAAAGAAAGAAGAGAAUGUACCAAGUUAUUUGAUACUUCAAUAUGGAAGAGUAAAGCGUAUGUUUUGUGGGUUACUACUGUAGCUGUAUUUCAAUUUGGUUAUCUCAUUCCAUUUAUUCACCUGGUGAAGUAUGCCGAAGAUUUAGGAGUACCAAAUUCUAAAGGCGCUUGGCUGAUUGGUUUUCUAUCCAUCACCUCAACGCUUGGUCGAGUGGUAUUUGGCAAGAUUUCCGACUUUAAAUUCGUCAACAGGCUCUACCUGUACCAAUUUUCGAUAUUUUCUAUUGGAUUGAGCACUCUCUUGUGUCCUCUGGUCAAAAACUAUGCAGGACUUGUGGGUUAUGCUCUGACAUUUGGAUUUUUUGACGGCUGUUUUGUGGGCCAAGUGGCGGUGAUUACGGGUGAUGUGGUCGGACGCGAUAAGCUUUCUCAAGCAGUGGGAAACAUGUUUGGAACUCUGGCGAUACCAAUGAGUCUUGGACCUCCGCUUGCAGGUUGGCUGCAUGAAGCAUUCGGUUCCUAUGAUAAAGCAUUUUACAUUGCCGGUUCUGUGGCAUUAUUUUCUUCACUCAUGAUUUUUGGGGUGAACUACAUGAUUAGAAAGCAGUCUAUAGCAAGGAGGCAAUUGGGAUUUAAAAAAGACUCUUCGUGGAGGGUCUCUGAAGCCGAAACGGCACCUGACUCCGUUUACAAGGAUACACUUCUUUUAGUUGAGAGAGAAACCGUUUUAUAA